AUGACUGUAUCUGGAAAGAAGCAAACUAUGGGAUUUGAAGUGCCUGGACUAACUGUGGAAGAAAAUGGUCAUAAUUUCCACAUACCUCAAAAAGGACCUUCCACUGAAGAUACCACCACUGCUGCUUCUGAUGUCCUCGAGACUGUUUCUAAGUCACCUCUUCCAUCCCACAUCAUGCAGGCAGCCGAAGAGCAGAGUUCAGCACCAACACCAGUGAAAAGGUCUAGCAAGCUGAGACAGCAGUUAGAUGUGAAGGCAGAACUGGAGAAUCGGCAAGGGGGGAAGCAGCUCCUCAACUUAGUGGUCAUUGGUCAUGUUGAUGCUGGGAAAAGUACCCUGAUGGGCCAUAUGCUUUAUCUUCUGGGUAAUGUAAACAAAAGAACUAUGCAUAAGUAUGAACAGGAGUCUAAAAAGGCUGGCAAAGCUUCGUUUGCGUAUGCGUGGGUCUUGGAUGAGACUGGCGAAGAAAGGGAAAGGGGAGUAACAAUGGAUGUUGGUAUGACAAAGUUUGAGACCAAAACCAAAGUUAUCACAUUAAUGGAUGCUCCAGGCCAUAAGGAUUUCAUUCCAAAUAUGAUUACAGGUGCAGCCCAGGCAGAUGUAGCAGUGUUAGUUGUGGAUGCCAGCACGGGAGAAUUUGAAGCUGGAUUUGAGACUGGAGGACAAACUCGAGAACAUGGCCUCUUAGUCCGUUCUCUGGGGGUAACACAGCUGGCAGUUGCAGUCAAUAAGAUGGAUCAGGAAGGUGAUGUAGCAUUUGUACCUACAAGUGGUCUCAGUGGUGAAAAUCUAAUCACAAGAUCUCAAUCAGGUGAACUCAUGAAAUGGUACAAAGGAUUAUGCCUAUUAGAACAAAUUGAUUCCUUCAAGCCCCCUCAGCGAUCUAUUGACAAGCCAUUUCGAUUGUGUGUAUCCGAUGUUUUCAAAGGCAGAAUAUUAAUCAUCAAAUCUCUUUUGUCCUGUUUUACAGAUCAAGGAUCUGGAUUUUGUGUAACUGGCAAAAUUGAAGCUGGUUAUGUCCAAAUUGGUGACCGACUGCUUGCAAUGCCUCCUAAUGAAACUUGCACAGUAAAAGGAAUCACCCUGCACGAUGAACCUGUCGAUUGGGCGGCAGCAGGCGAUCAUGUCAGCCUUACACUGGUUGGGAUGGAUAUCAUCAAAAUCAAUGUUGGCUGUGUAUUUUGUGGCCCCAGAGAUCCCAUUAAAGCCUGCACUCGUUUCAGAGCCCGCAUUCUCAUCUUUAAUAUUGAAAUUCCUAUCACUAAAGGAUUUCCUGUGCUGUUACACUACCAAACUGUCAGUGAGCCUGCUGUUAUUAAAAGGCUGAUCAGUGUCCUAAACAAAAACACCGGUGAAGUCACAAAGAAAAAGCCCAAGUUGUUAACUAAAGGCCAGAAUGCCUUGGUGGAGCUGCAGACACAGAGACCCAUAGCUCUGGAGCUGUACAAAGACUUUAAAGAGCUGGGGCGGUUCAUGCUGCGUUACAGUGGUUCUACAAUAGCUGCUGGUGUAGUCACGGAGAUAAAGGAAUGA